GGCACACCUAAAUGGCACCUGAUAUGGAGGACGGUUAAUUACACAGUAGCAGUCAGCUGUGGGAAAGGGGCCGACUAGUCACAUUGUGGAGGUUGUGAAUCUUAAUACAAAGAGCCUCAGUGCUCGCCCUCACGUGAACUCCACUCUAUCAUGACUUCACCCUUCCAUAUCUCGAGGGGCCUCGACGUCUGCCGCUCACCGGACAACAUCACGGUCACGCCAAGCAAGAUGCGUCCCUCGACGACGACGACGACGUGCAGCGGCUCCACCCUCCCGCUCAUCAGCCUCCUGUGGCUCACCCUCGUGGUCCACCUCGCCCAGUCCUGGGGCUGGGGGCCUUAUGACAGCGAGUGGAGGAAACACAUCCAGCCGCCCGCCGUCCACCACCCGGAACUCGUCUACCGCGUCGUGGUCCCGCGGAACGGGUCAACGCCCACGUUCAGCGGGAACGGCACCACAUUUUCGAGGGCGAACGCGACGGGGUCGGUCCCGCUGAGCACCGCGCGGCCGACGCCUGUUGCCAACUCGAGUGUCGAUACCUCCUGCGGCGAGGACUCGCCUCUGUUCAACCUGCAGGUAUCCCGGGCCGACGGGAGCAUCUUCAACGGCUGGUGGCUCAAGCUCUCUGGCAACCAGGCCCUCUUCACCUCACAGAAAGAGAAGGCGACGGGGUUUGGUGUGAACCGGGGGACGAAGCACCUGUGCAUCCCGAAAGCCGGGAGGGAUUUCCCGCUGAUCGCCAUCGUCGAGACGAGGCUCGACCUCGGCCCGCUCUAUUUCUUGGACGCAAACUUCUCGACGGGAUACCAGCCAGAAUACGAGCCUGUCGUGUGCGACAGCCUGGGCGAUGGAUCUCAACUGUCGUGUGCUCAGGGGAAGAGCACGGCGUGGUCUGGAUGUGGGAUGCAGCUGGAGCUGGGGACAGGGACAGUCUCGAAUAGCACGGGUGAUGCAGGCGGCCAGAACUGUUCAUCUAUCGCUUUGAAUUCGUUUCAGGCAUCAAGUAGCGCCCUGUUCUAGGUGGCAGGGAUGAAUAAUGAUUAAUGAACCAA